GGCGCGGCCGCAGGCCCAGCGGGAACGGGGGGCGGCUGAUCGCUUUCUUCUGCGCUCCCCCGGCCGGCAGCCGCACGGCUAAGGCUUGGGCGCUGAUCCCGCCCGCCCUCUUGCCCUCUCCUCCCCACGCAGCCCCCUGCGCGCCGGGCCCGCCCUCAGAGGCCGCUGUUCCCGCCCCUCACGGGCGCGGGAGGCGGCGGCGGCUCCCAGCAUGGUGCGGUGCGGCGCGGCCGUGCUGCGGAAGUAUGGCAACUUUAUAGACAAUUUACGGGUCUAUGUGAGAGGAGGAACUGGUGGAAUGGGUUAUCCUCGUCUAGGUGGGGAAGGAGGGAGAGGUGGCGACGUCUGGUUCGUGGCCCAAGAAAGAACUACCUUAAAGAGCAUAAAGCACAGAUAUCCCCAGAAGCGAUUUAUAGCUGGAGCAGGAGCCAACAGCAGUGUUAAAGCUCUAAAAGGUGAAAAAGGAAAAGAUUGUGAAGUUCAUGUGCCUCUGGGAAUUUCAGUUCUUUGCAAUGAUGGCACACAGAUUGGAGAGCUUAAUGCAGCAGGAGAGAGAUUCCUAGCAGCUCGUGGAGGUCUUGGAGGUUCUUUGGUCACAAACUUCUUGCCUUGCAAAGGUCAGAGGCGAAUUGUUCAUCUUGAUUUGAAACUUAUAGCAGAUGUUGGCUUAGUUGGGUUUCCAAAUGCGGGAAAAUCAUCCUUGUUAAGCAAGAUUUCUCAUGCCAAACCUGAGAUUGCAAAUUACGCAUUUACAACAGUACAGCCUGAACUAGGAAAGAUCAUGUAUGCAGAUUAUAAGCAGAUUUCAGUAGCUGAUCUCCCAGGACUGAUCGAAGGUGCACAUGCAAACAAAGGGAGGGGCCACAAAUUUCUCAAACAUGUAGAGAGAACCAAACAGCUUCUCUUAGUUGUUGAUAUUUCUGGGUUUCAGUUGUCUAUUAAGACUCAGUUCAGAACAGCCUUUGAAACUAUCUUGCUUCUAACAAAGGAACUGGAGCUGUACAAAGAGGAACUUCUUACAAAGCCUGCCCUUCUUGCCAUUAAUAAAAUGGAUUUGCCUUGUGCAAAGGAUAACUUGAAUGAACUUAUGAAACAACUACAGAAUCCUCAAGACUUCUUACACUUACUACAAGAAGAAAUGAUUCCUGCAAGUACAUUUGAAUUCAAAGAUAUAAUUCCUGUAUCUACAUAUACCGGAGAAGGAAUUGAGGAACUAAAAGCAUGUAUAAGAAAAUGCAUAGAUGAAGAAGCAGAGCAGGAGAAUGAAGAAUAUCGAAGAAAGAAAUUACUGCUUUUACAAACUUCAGAAGAACAAAUGAAUAGAAAUUAGCGUUCUUGGCCAGAUCCAGUAUUGCUACACAGACCUCCCAUUUAAUUUUUGUUCCCUCUACCACCACUGCCCUGUUCUCUGCUUCCCGCCAUUGUCUCAAUUCCUUUUGGCUCUUGGGUAGAACACAGUGGGGAAAAGAACGGGUUUGUCUGAUAAACGUUGGCUACCAACUCAACAGAGUAAAGACCAAACUGUGUGCAACUCAGAGCACUGCUUAACAACUGCUGAUCCCUGGAAUACUUUGUACCAAACGAGAUGAAUGGAAGGAAUAUAACCCACAGAGGUAGCAAAGGAGCAAGCUCAACCCCUCUACAUCUGUUGCCAUGGACAUGAGAAGUACACAGGGGAAUUUCUGAUGGGCAGUUUUCCAGGGUCUAGCACUGCUCAGGUGAACGAGUUCUGCUCUUUUGACAAGUACCAGAUUGGGGGGUUUUGUUAUUUUUAAAGAUCUCAAGGAAAGCAUAAAUAAAUGGCUGCAAGAAAGUGA